AUUACUCCGCCCAGGGUUUCAUUUCGGGCGGGCAGUCGCAUUAUAAGGGUCGGGUCUAUUAUUUGCGAUGGCGAGCAGCGGCAGCAGCGGCUUGACGGCGAUGCUUCAGGGCCAACACACUCCUGCCGGCUGGGAUGUCUCUGCCGGCAGCCCCCGCGUGUCGGUCGCCUGUUCCUGGGAGUGUCGGAGCGACCUGGCGAGGGUUCUCCUCGUCGUCCCGGCGGGGGGACUCGAGGCGGGGGAGCUUUCUGAGCCAUCCUCGAGCGGUCACAAUGUUGUCGUUCUUGAAGGACAAAUAAAUGAUGACAGUGUAGUUCCCUGUUUACUCUACUUGCACUGUGAUCCAUGUGGAUCUGAAGAAAUUGUCAGUCUUAGUAUUGUAAGUGAAGCAAGGAACAUGGAAGUCUACUUAGGAGAUGAAUACUAUGCAACUGGAAGGGGAGAGAAAGUCUUUACUGUCAAACAUGGCAGCAAAAGUGACCAGGUUUCAUUAUACAAAAAGUAUCUUAAAUUGGAGUGCUCCACAGUUUCUUGUAAGAUUAAGCUAUUGUCCAUCAGUGAAAAACAAAGAGUACUCAUCAAUAAAAUCAUAGUACAAGUCCAGUCGGCUUGUGCAAAAACUGUGCCAAGUGUUGCUACAUUAGGAUCGGGAAUAGACCUAGACCAAGUACAAACUAUAAUGGAAUCAAUGGGAUCCAAAUUGUCACCUGGGGCACAACAACUCCUGGAUAUGGUUCGUUUUCAACAGAAGAAUGGAAUUUCUUUUGGAGGCAAGUUACAAACCAUCUUGGGAAGAAAUGGAUUUGUGUUUGGAAAAAGUCAUACCAUUGAUGGGUUGAAGAAGGCAGCUGACUUUGGAAGAUUAGACCACUUGUCCAAUGGACCUUCUCUUUUAAAAGCUAAUUUGGCAGCUAAAACAGCCAUAGAGGAUUUAAAUACACACUCCAAGAUGAGCAAACAGGUUCUUACUACAGGUAACAUUUUUGAGUUUCCUGGACUUCAGGCUCCACAGCCUUGUGCUGUAUGUUCUGAAAGUAACUGUAAAGGGAUUCUCUCCCCAUUUUUGCAAGAGCAAGGAAAUGAAAAUUCAAAUAUGCCCAAUUCCACAUUGCUGCUUCCACUUCUUCAAACGUUAUGUGGUCAAGUAGAUCGUCUAUGUGUAGAUGAAAAGAAUAAAUGCUGCGAAAAGACUUCUGCUUCUGAGGAGGAUGGAAUUCAAACCGUUGGUUUAGAACAGCAGCGUAUUUGUCUGUAUUUGGAAAAGUUCAUGUCCAAAAAGAUGGAGCUGACAGAAAAGAGAUUAAUGGACUAUAUUGAUCUACGUAUGCAAAAACUUCAGGAACAUGUUGAUAAUAAACUUGCUGCAAUAGUAGAUUUGGUAAAUAAUUUGCAUAUUGUUUCUCAAGAACAUGGUCCUUUGAAAGAAGAAAAAACAAAUGGGAAGAGGUAGGAAAUCUUUGACAAAUCAAAGACCUCAGUAUGCUUUGUAAGGACAGGUCUGUAUUGUGCAAACUUUUUGCUUAUAAGCUUGUAAACAUUAACACCUCAGACUGUACUUUUUCUGUAAUUUUGCAAGUAUUAUACCCUUAUGUUAAUUGUUAUAUAUCUGUAAUGUGCAAAAUAAGUAUUUUUUACCUUUCAGAGAAUUUUCUACAUCUGCUUCUGAUCUAUUUAUUGAUAAAUAUUUAAAAAUUAGCAUGAUAAGUGCCCUAUUAAAUUAUCUUGAACCACUCUAAAUAAAAUACUUUGCAGCUUUA